AGCGCUGACGUCCAGCCCACAGUGCUCAAACGCUGCCGGAGCCGACAGUCGACGUUUUCAGGCCUCACCAUGGCCCGAGAUGAAGAGGGGGAAGAGGAUGUGGAACGCAAGCAGGAGUUUUUACAGUUUCGGCGGACGCUGGAUGGCAUGCGGGCCAAAGAGGAGGGCCAGCAGUCAAAAGCAGAUGAAAUGAAGUCACAAGGCAAUCAAUUUUUCCAGCUGGGCCUCUAUUCCCAAGCUUCAAUGAUGUACAGCGAGGCCUUGGAACUUCAGCCGCAAAACACGGUGCUGUGGAACAACCGGGCGAUGGCCUACCUGAAGCAGGAGAUGUUCCACGAGGCAUUAGAAGAUGCUGAUCACAGCCUGUCCUUGGAUCAGUCCAAAGAGAACAUCAAGGCCUACUGGCGACGUGCACAGGCCUUGUUUGACUUGGAUAGAUUCGAAGACGCUGAGGAUGCAGCGUCUGCCGGCAUCGCCGUUCAGGCCAGCAACCAACAUCUGAGCCGAGUGCGGCGAAAGGCUCGCGAGGCCAUGGCGCUGCGGCGGCUCUGCGAUGUGAAAUGGGUUGGGACCAUGGAGAACGGUGUGGAGAAGAAGUACACCUUCUCGAAGGACGGUGAGAUGUGCAUGACUGUUGUCGGGCAUGACCUUAAGGCCACGUUUGAUCUGAGCGUCGAGUGCACGCCGCAGUCGAUGGUGGUCAAGAUGAAACCUGUCUUUGGAAGCGGAGGCGCGCCGCCACCGCCAGUACCAUAUCUCUACAAGUUCGAGGAUGACGACCAGGAGCUCUGGCUUUGUCAUCCAGUUGGAAGCAAUGAUCUUCCAACAAAGUUCGAAGGGCCGGGCUUUAGUCGUUUGAGACGCAGCCAGGAGCCAGUGGCCGAAAACUUUGGCAGUGAACCAUUGGAGCAAAGAUGUCUUAGAUAUAUGCGGGAGUUCAACGAUAUUCUGCCGGUGAUCCCUCCACAGCUUCCUGAGCGACCCUCAGAGGAAGAGGUGAGCCAAGAGAUCCUGAUGAUGCAGAAGGUGACGAAGUUGAAGCAACGCUAUGGUCAUGAGGUUCACCAACGGGCUAUGGAGCUGGCAAAGGGCACUUGCUUAGCAGAGGGCUCCGAGGUCGAACUGGCCGAAGGACUGCGAGAGCGGCUGGUGGCAAGAAAGGUCAUCCCUGGUGACUGCCAAGUGCGUGGACCUUCGGAGACAGCGCCUCCGGUUGGCGCUGCGACUUUAGCUCCCAAGGCUGAGGAGUUGGCAGUGAAGAAAGGUUCGUUGGACACCUUGAGCACACUUGUCCGCAAGAUUUGCUGCUCAUAGAGCUUUCGCGAGCUGUAGAGCUUCAGCGUGUUUCAGCCUUUAUAUCCAGGAACCUGUGAUCUGUU